CACCACCAUCCGACAUGGGCGAGGUCAGCAACGCAAAGUGGCCAUUCGGAUUGAGCCACAACCGUCAUGGUCUUGCAGGAGCAGGUUGGGCCCGAUCACAAAACACCGACCAGCUACCCUCAUCUGUCGCAAUGGCUGGAACAAAUAUGCGACUCAGUCCGAACGCUUACCGAGAACUCCACUGGCACAAGCAGGGCGAGUGGGCCUACAUGCUGAACGGCAGUGUCCGCAUUGCCUCAAUGAACGAAGCUGGCCAAACCUUCGUCGACGACGUCCAAGCCGGCGACGUAUGGUUCUUCCCACCCGGAAUCCCACAUUCAAUCCAAGCCUUCGAAAACGGCUGUGAAUUCCUCCUCAUCUUCAACGACGGCUCCUUCAGCGAAGAAAACACAUUCCUCCUCUCCGAACUCAUGCUCCGCAACCCAACCUCUGUGCUCGCCAAAAACUUCCGCACCAGCACCGCCGCCCUCUCAAACAUCCCGCAACAACAACUCUGGAUCUUCCCCGGCACGCCCGCACCCAAGAACAUCAGCGAGCAAAACGUCACGGGCCCCGCGGGCGCCAUACCAAAGGAAGGCGCGUAUACCUAUCACUGGAGCCAACAAGCCCCCGUCCGCGUACCAGGCGGCACUAUAAAAAUCCUAGACCCAUCUACUUUCCCCAUCGCCAGCACUUUCUCCGCAGCCCUCAUAACAGUCGAACCAGGCGCCAUGCGCGAACUCCACUGGCACACCACAUCAGACGAGUGGUCCUAUUUCCUCUCUGGUUCCGCACGUCUCACCGUGUACGAAGCCCCCGCCGCAUCCCGCACGUUCGACUUCUCCGCCGGCGACGUCGGCUACGUUCCUGUGCCUAACGCGCAUUAUCUGGAGAACACGGGGAAUGAUACGUUGGUGUACCUCGAGGUGCUGCAGAGUAGCCAGUAUAGUGAUAUUAGUGUCAAUCAGUGGUUGGGGAUUACGCCUAGGCAGAUUUUGAAGGAUCAUUUGAAUGUUGGGGAUGAGUUCUUGGAUGGGCUGACGAAGGAACAUGAUUUUGUGGUGCAGGGGAGUCGGGAUUUGACGGAGACGGAUUUUACGCCGGAGAGUCAUGGGGGUGCGUAGGUGGGGGAUUUAGUGAUGGAUAGUGGUGGCGAGCUGUAGUUCUCGAGAUGAUACUCUGCUUGAGAUGGACGUCUCGACGUAGCUGCGUGUAUCUCAUUUAGUAGAUGACUGAGCAUAAAAUAGUCUAAUAUGUAGCCUAGCCAAUCAAGGAAAUUUGAUUGUA